UACCUGAAAUCCAUCGUACGAUGCACAUAGUGUGAAUUUUGAUUGAUUUUUUUUUGUAUUUUUUUUAUUAGUUGUAAGCUAAUGUUAAGCAUCAACUAUCAAAACGAUUCGAUAUAAUUUUUAAAGAAAUUUACAAGUGUUCGGAUCAAGAAUUUGAGAAAUUACCAAGAUGAGGGAAAUCAUUACUCUUCAAGUCGGUUCGUGCGGGAACCAAAUUGGCGGAAAGUUUUGGGAAGUGAUAUCGGAUGAGCACGGCAUUGACCCCAGCGGCUGCUACCACGGCGACUCGGAUCUCCAACUCGAACGCAUCAAUGUCUACUACAAUGAGGCUUCCGGCGGCAAAUACGUCCCACGAACCGUGCUUAUUGACCUCAAACCGACUACUAUGGACGCGGUGCGCUCCGGCCCCUUCGGAUGUCUCUACCGCCCUGACAACUUUGUCUACGGGUCAGCCGGGGCCUCGAACAACUGGGCGAAAGGAUAUUACACUGAAGGCGUUGAGAUCCUCGAAUCUGCUAUGGACGUAGUACGUCGAGAAGCGGAAGGCUGCGACUGCAUGCAAGGCUUCCAAAUCUGCCACUCUCUAGGCGGUGGCACAGGAGCGGGCAUGGGCUCUUUGCUAAUCAACCGAAUAAGAGAAGAAUACCCCGAUCGCAUCACCUUAUCCUUCUCAGUGUUCCCCAGCGCACGAGUCUCCGAUUGCGUCGUGGAGCCGUACAACGCCACUCUAUCCGUCAACCAGUUGGUAGAAAAUACGGACCACACAUUCUGCUUAGACAACGAGGCACUCUACGAUAUAUGCUUCAGAACUUUGAAGCUAACUACGCCUACUUACGGUGAUCUAAAUCACUUGGUAUGCGCAACUAUGUCUGGAAUCACGACUUGUCUCCGAUUCCCAGGACAGUUAAACGCGGAUUUGAGAAAGUUGGCGGUUAACAUGGUCCCGUUUCCUCGUCUCCACUUCUACACGCCUGGAUUUGCACCCCUCACAUCCCGAGGAGCACAGCAAUACAGAGCUUUAACAGUCCCAGAGUUGACCCUACAGAUGUUCGAUGCAAAGAACAUGAUGGCCGCAUGCGAUCCUCGACACGGGAGAUACUUAACUGUAGCGACGAUAUUCCGAGGGCGUAUGUCUAUGAAGGAAGUCGACGAGCAGAUCCUGAAUGUACAGAACAAGAACAGCACAUACUUUGUGGAAUGGAUCCCCAAUAAUUGCAAGAUAGCGGUUUGUGAUAUACCUCCGCGGGGUUUGAAGAUGGCGUCCACGUUCAUUGGGAAUACAACAGCUAUACAGGUCAUCUUCAAGAGGAUAUCAGCACAGUUCGUGGCCAUGUUCAGCCGGAAAGCGUUCCUUCACUGGUACACAGGCGAAGGUAUGGAUGAGAUGGAGUUCACGGAAGCUGAGAGCAACACGAAUGAUCUCAUUUCGGAGUACCAGCAGUACCAGGACGCGACGGCGGAUGAUGAGGGGGAGUUUGACGAAGAGGAAGGCGAAGAGGGGUUGGAGUGACUAUUUUUUGGUACUUCAUUUGUGUAUGUCCUUGUUUGUUUCAAAAUAAAAAACAUUAUCUACA